AUGCUUUGAUUAAUAGCCGCCUCAAACCCCCAAAAUGAAGUGAUCACCAUUCAGUGUGGACACUAUUCCAACUUCAUUGGCACACACCUGUGGAACCUGCAGGUGGGAACAGUGGAGUGCAACCUCCUGCACUGAUGUGAUAUUAUUUGAAUUCUUUUAGGAGUCCUCUUUUGAGUACGAUCUUGCAUCACAAGAACCUCGAGAGAUUAUUACAGAUGUCACCUUCAGAGAGGGUCGUACACUAAGAUGAGAGCACAUGUACACUCCUCGUCUGAUUGCACUGGACCUCCCAGGGAGUCUGAGCACUCUGAGGGAGGAGGGGGUGCUCUAUCAGCCAGCAGCUGGUAGUCAAGGCAACAGCCAGUGGUCAGGGGGUGUGGUCAAGGAGGUUAGGGAGGGUGCUGUGAAAAAUGAGUUCCUCUCUCAUUUUGAGGAGGUGGAGGCUGGACAAAGAGCCAUCAAGGAAGUGGACGAUGGACAAUACGACUUGAGCAAUCUGCAGAGAUUGACCAACUCUGUGAAGAGAAGCUCAAGGGCACUGGACUAGUGUUUGACUUUGGAGAGUAGACUAUUAUAGAAGCAGAACUAUAUUAUUUAGUUGCUAGACAUUUACACAGUAUAGGUAUUUAUAGAGUAAUGAACUCACUGUUUUGCAAGUUCGUAAAAAAAAAAAAUUUUUUUGGGCCAAG